AUAACAGCCAUUAAUCCCUGACUGGUCGACAUUUCAAUUCCAUUGAUUCUAGUCUUAGGUCGAGUUGGAAAAGAAUCAUCUCAUCGCCAACAUGGACGAAAAUAGUGAACAUGGCCAAGAGCCGACGGAAAGAGAAAGAUCAGCUGCCGAAAUGGAGGCUCUGCAUCAAGCUAUGAUGGUGAGUCCUACAUACCAGCCCAUCUUACUUUACCACACAUCGUUUUUGGGACUUCUAAAACUCUAAUAUUUACAUAGGAAGAGCUUGGUAUUGGUCGUAGAGAUGCCCUGCCACUUGAAGAUAGAACUGCAAAUGUUUCAGUGGUACCAUUAGCAUUAACCAGCAAGCGUGUUAGACCAGAAAACCCUGCAUCGGUGUGGCAUAGUAAGUUCAACUGCUAUGAAUCUUUGCCGUGAGCUACGUGCUAACUUGUCUUGUUUAGACUUUCAUCCCGAUGAUGUUGAGCCUGGCCUUGAAGAACUUGAUGAUAUUGCCGGAGGACAGCUGUAUCGACUUCGCAGAGGUGGUACUGGGCUAAGCAGUGGCGGAAGAGGUGGUCACUCAGCAGGUCGCGGUCGAGGUGGUGGUUCGAACAGGGGCGGCCAUGCAUCUGCGGGUGGUCGAGGGAACUUUGCUGGGAAAGGCAGAGAUGUCGACCCUUCUAGAUCUCGGUAUGUCUUUCCUAUCAAUGUUACCACCAGCAUAAUUUGUCGGAUUAAAAACUAACAAGGCACCAGUCAGACUCAUUGCAAUGAUGCUAGACGUGGUGGCAAAUCUCGUGCUACAAUUGAUGCUGGCAUUGCUCGUUUACAACGUGAGGCUGAAUUUAGCAGAAUGAAUCGAACUGAAGGUCGUUCUGUUAAGAUGCCUCCGUUGACACCCAAACCUACUAUGCCUGUCUCUCGAGCUGCUGCUCCAGCAGCAAGUCGACAUACAACUUCAAAGUUCAAGCUUCAAAGCCCUGCAACUUUUCUUUCACACAAUAAAAUUGUCUCUAGCCCAACUACAAGAACUGUGAACCCUGUUGCUACUCCACCUCAAAACAACAUUGAGAUUUUGGUACCAUCGCCAACGUCCAAUCUAGCACCACAUGGUAACCUUGCCACUUCAAGAUGGGCAGAGACUCCAGUUACACUAGUCGACACGUCUGAGCCAAAACACGCCGAUCAACCCGCUACACCCAUCAGUCCUACGAGCACGUCGGUGUCUGUUCACUCUACUCAACUUGUCACAGCUAUCAAUGGUAUGAGAACUUCGACCUCAGAUUGUUCUGGCCGAGCAGCAACAUCAUAUACUCCUACAAAUGUUCCCGAGUCGAAUCAUGCCGUUCAAUCUGCUAUCAAUGCCGCCCCUUUGACUUUAGUCACGAAUGGACUAGAAAGAAACAACGCCACACCAUUCGCCAUUUGUACUAUAGUGGAUGAAAGAAAUGUCAAGAUCUGCAAGAACAAUGGUGUAGCCAAGCUUGGAACCGCGAGGCUCGUCAAGUCCCAUGAAAGGUCUCCUUUGACUCUCGAACUUCAAAUCGGUGGCGAAGUUAUUCUCAGCGAGUUAUUGACAGAGACUACGAUACUCAAGGCUGAUGCAAAUAUUGUCACAUACCGGGCCAAAUCUACAACGGAAAAUGUCCCCACGUGGAAAUUCCACUUUCAGCUGCCAGGUCCAGCUAAGGGUUUCGUCAAUUAUCAUAUCUUCAAAAUUGCUGAGCUUAGGCGUAGUGGCUGCUCAUCCCAAUCCUCAGAAAAAGGAAAGCAGAGCCCGCUCGUACCUUUAUCUCCGGUUCUAUCUUCCUCAGUAUCCCUUUCUUCGAAUACUACAUCACACAACGAUGUGACAUAUUAUGCGAACAGAAUCAGCAGUGGUACAUUUGCUGACCUAAAUGAACUCAACGGCCAGGAGACACUUUUGUCACUCCAUGAAGAGGAAGCUAAACCUGAGGAUAAUCAAGCCGGAGAGUAUUCGAAUUUCCAAGACCUUUUGAGCUUGAUGGAAGGGGAUAUUGUCGAGGGUACACUCCAGGUUCUGAAUUCAAACCAUGGUGGAUCUUUUAUUGAUCACGUUUCUCAGCUGGCGAAAGGCACGGAACUUGAGAAUGAUGCUGAGUUCAUGAAGCAUGCCAAGAAUGUUUUCAUUGGUGGUUUGUCAUCCUCUCGUUAUUCGAACUCGAAACCUAUCCUAUCAGUCACCGAAGAACUUGUUGCUGAUUUUCUCAAAAAGUCUGAAACGUUGUUGCGAUUUCCUCAGGAGUUUAUUGAAACUUACAUUAAAGAAAUCUCUAAGAAAAUCCUCGACAAGGCACAAAAUCCUCAGAACGUUACUCAAUCAGCAGCUGUCGGCUCUACUGAGAGCUCCAGUCCUGCAGAGGCUGCCAGAUCGGCUGAAGUGUGCGAAGUUGCCAGCGCUGUCAAGCCUCUGCAAUCCGUCCAGGCUGUUGAGGCUGGCAGGUCUACCGAGGCUAUUAAAUCGGUCGAGUAUCAGCCUACUACAGCCAUCAAAUCAAAUGAGACUUUCGCUAUUGUUCCUAAACCCGAGCGGAUAACCUAUUCAAUAGAGGAAAUGAUGAAGAUGCGGCCAAACGCCACAUUCACCAGACAAGUAAUUGCCGCAAGAGAUUCUCUCGAAAAAUACCUUCCUGGUUACAAGAGACAGAUAGCACCAACCGAAAUUAUUCGGGUUAAUGAGUCGGGUGUAAGAAUUGUUGCUGGUAAGACUCAAGGACCACGAUAUAAGGACUCACAAAGAGCAACUGCCACAAAACUCCAACCCUCUGAAUGGAAGACUCAAUACGCCAGCAUACCUAGCAAAAAAGAAGUUUCGCAGGUCAUCCAAAAAGAUAAGACUAUUGAACAAAAACAGACAUCAAACCAGACCAGUUUCGAACCAACGCCGGGGUAUACUGGUAUUCAAGAUUAUCCUGAUACAGGAAAUGGUACAUCAUUCUAUAAGCUGUCCCCUGCAGAAUGGACAGCCAGUUUCAAUAGUACCUCCAGUAAGGAUACGUCUUCACAAGCCAACAAAGUCAAGAAGAUACCGUCGGCCACAGGCAUCGAGAACGAAAACAUUGAGAACAGUGUACAUGAGUCUAUUCCUGCUGGAAGUAACUUUAAAAAACCAUCGGAUAACACUUGUCAUCAAAAUAUACCUGGUAAGACUAGCGCAGCAACCUCCAUUAAUUCCCAAGCUGCAAGCCACAAUGUCCCCAAAUAUUUGACCACGGCUGAAGAGAGCGAGGCAGAAGUCAAGGUCGAGUCUGAAGAUGAUACUAGUCCUCUUGUACUUCCAUCAAAUAGAGGUCUGAGCACUUCCAGGUACGCCACGCCAGAGAUCUGUAGUCAAGAAGCAGUUAUUCGAGCUUCAUCUGGUUAUAAACAUCCACCAUGUCGGGUUGGAAAGGGACAGGACUCCUCCCAGGAAUCAGGCGACUCUUCAACGCCUUUGAGAUCGACACAAGUGCAUGACUCUCUCCUGUGGGAAUCACUUCUGUCAACCAAGCAAAGACAAAUUUCAAUCAAAGUUGAAAGCCCUGAAGCUUUUACGAACGAAACUAAAUAUGGUGCUUUCACUCCCGGGCCCGAAAAUCCCAUGCCUGUGACAUUUUGCCACACGUAUGUUCUAAAUGCAAACCGUACAGUUCCACAGGCUCAAGCAGUAUUUGAAAUCGAAACUACUUCCAGCGCUAAAGCGGUUGUUGAAUCUGAGGUUGUGGAGAAGACAGAGGCUCAUCAUGCCGCCGUGGCAACUGCAGCUUGGGCCACUUUUGACAGAUCGGGUAGCCAAACCACCAAGACUGUCAAAUCUUGCGAAAUUUAUCCAAGCGUCCUCGAGGCCACAGGAAAUGAGAUAACCGUACCCAAGGUCAAAUACCAGGAUCAGCCCAGAAGUAAGCAUACUGCUACAGACUCAGACGUUGAUAGACUGGCUCAAGUUCUGAGUGUUCUCGACGUUAAGACCGAGAAGGAUAAUGGUUUAGUGAGUACGGUUUUGGAGGUUCCAGAGCGCAGUAGUAGCCCCACAGUUGAGGAACUUCUCCAAAAGAAGCGCUCAAAUGGACUGGCGACAUCAAGAUGGGCGAGCACUCAAGCACCGGUUUUCAAACCCUUGCCCACUACUCCAAAGCCAACCGCGGCGGACUACGGCCAGCUCAAUUCAAACAUGCUGCAAAACAGUGGACUGAAUUCUCCUCAUUAUUCUAAUUAUAAUCCUUUCAUACAAGCACAGUCGUCCAACGAAAAUUUCUCACAGUAUGGAAACCAGUAUUCUACUCAUCAAGGACAAACUUCACAUGAAUUCUUCUCUCUGGAAGGCAGCCAACCUCCUGCUCUCUUCUCAACUGUCCUACUUGGAGACCCAAACACAGCUAAAGUUACGGAGAUAACUGGAUACACUCUUCGAACACACAAUCCUGUCCCAGUCACUGCGCAUAUACCGCCUGUUAACGCAGGAACGCCACCUGGUUCUUUCCCGUUUCCUCCAAGACCUGGAAUGUUCGAUAAGAGUUUUCCCGACACUGACAGCGAAGAUGUAUUGAAAGCAAAUGCGCCCGUUUUCAUUCCAUCCCAUCAAAGGGGCGGCAGUGCCAUGACUCGACCAGCCUUGUCUCCUGUUCGGAAUCGCCAGAAUUCGCAUCAGGAAGCUGUCCAAACGAGACUCAAUAAGAGCUAGAGGGGAAAAAGGAUGUAGGCUAGGGAUAAGGACGUGACGACAUGAUAGCUGUGGAAGGAUUUCGAUGAAGAGUUUAGAGAAUGAAGGAGUUUACCUGAGACGGCGAAGGCUUUUGGAGAGGUUGCAAUUUUGAUCAGAUAUUGGGUGGUGAAGUAAAUAUCCAUGAUCAUCAAAUUGUACAUUUUUCCUUAAAGUGCUGGGUGCACUAAUGCCUAGUCUAGAGUUGCUAUCGGUCAUUAAAAAAAGCCGUUUCAAGAUAUAUAGAAUGGUCAGCUAUAUCCACCAGAUU